UCACUUGACUCCAAAUCCCCAUCUUCCUCAAAAUUUUCAUGCAUUCUUUCUCACUCUUGGAUCGCCAAGGCAGAUAAAAUGGUUGGAGAUUAUACGGCUUAAAAUCCUGCUUUCCCUAUCCUGUGAACCAGACACAAUUGCGACUUUCUUCCUGAUUAUUGGAUACACUCGUCUGCGCUUUCAUCUUUGUACAUUUUCUAUGUUCAUGGAGGUGGUGAAUUGAUGGACAAUAGCCCUUGAUGCUGUUCUGAGCACACUCUUCGUGGGUAGAGCAUCUGAUAUGGUUCCUCGAUUUCCAGCCUCUGGAACUCCUAGCAUUAGUGGAGACAGUAUGGAAAUUGAUAGUGAUCCAUUUCAUCACUCAAUACUUGAUACUUUACAGGAGGUCGUUCCAAAGAGGCUAGAGGCUGACGUAGAGUUAUCUCGCCAUCGCAUAUCUGUAUUCCUUUCUACACAUACUGCUUAUGAGUUGCUUCCAGAAUCUGGAAAGGUUGUUGCCUUGGAUGUCACACUACCUGUUAAGCAAGCUUUCCAUAUUCUCUAUGAACAGGGAAUAUCAGUCGCCCCUCUUUGGGAUCAUGGCAUUGGUCGAUUUGUUGGAAUACUCAGUCCGUUAGACUUCAUCUUGAUUCUUAGAGAGCUGGGGAAUCAUGGUUCGAACUUGACUGAGGAAGAGCUUGAGACCCAUGCUAUAUCAGCUUGGAAAGCGGGAAAAUUACAGCUUACGAGGAAAUUUGAUGGUAAUGGAUCAUUGAAUCCAAGGCAUCUGAUUGAUGCUGGGCCUCACGAUUCGUUAAAAGAUGUUGCUUUGAAACUGUUGCAAAACAAGGUUGCUACUGUUCCAGUUAUAUCAUGGGAUGGUUCAAUACCCCAGCUGCUACAUUUGGCUUCCCUAACCGGUGUUCUAAAAUGUAUCUGCAGACAUUUUAAACAUUCACCUACCUCUUUGCCAAUUCUUCAACAACCAAUCUGUUCAAUUCCUUUGGGCACAUGGGUUCCCAAGAUUGGGGAAUCAAAUGGACAUCCGUUUGCCAUGUUGAGAGCAAAUGCUUCUCUUAGUGAUGCCUUGUCUCUAUUAGUUCAAGCUGAAGUCAGUGCAGUGCCUAUAGUGGAUGAUAAUGACUCAUUGUUGGACAUAUACUGCCGAAGUGACAUCACUGCUUUGGCCAAAGACAGAGCAUAUGCCCAGAUUCACCUUAAUGAACUCAGCAUUCAUCAGGCAUUACAACUCACUCAAGAAGCAAGUGCAACAUAUGGAUUUUUUAACGGACAAAGAUGUCAUAUGUGUUUGAGAUCUGAUCCGCUGCAUAAAGUUAUGGAUAGGCUCGCUAUUCCUGGAGUUAGGAGACUUGUUAUAGUGGAAGCAGGAAGCAAGCGCGUAGAGGGCAUCAUUUCGUUAACUGAUUUAUUCAGGUUUUUGCUUGGAUAGCCCGACAAUCAUUUUAGUCCUCAUCAUAUCCACUAAAAGAAGUGAACGUUCUUGCGUAUGCUGAGUCUUUGAUUUUCGAGCUUUUGGCCCUGCAGUUUUCUUUUUUUCUUCAUUUUAUGGUAUUAGCACAAAGAAAUUUCUGUAAAUUGAAGAGGAUUCAAUGUUUUUGCCAUUAAUGUAAGGCACCAUUGUCAAGUGAUC